AUGCAAGGAAGCGGACAAGCGACAGAUGUUGACGUUCGUCUGACUGCACCUAGUUGGGUGGCGCGUGGGGGUUCGGCUACACUGCGCUGCCUUCAUCAGGUACCACCACAACUACUCUACAAAGUGGAAUUCCUGAGGUCCGGGGCAAAACUGCUUCAAUAUGUACGCGAGCGGGUACCGCCAUUUACGAAUUACACGUUCCCUGGCGGGAAACUUAAUAUGUCUCUUGUGACGGAAAAUUCUAUUACGAUCGAGAAUCUAGACCCUUUGGCCUCAGGCCUUUAUUGGUGUGAGGUGUCUCUGGAGACGCCAAUCUUCACGGCGGCCUCCCCGCCUCAUCAGUUGACUGUCGUUUACCCCCAAAAGCACCCGCCAAUUAUAACAUUCGGCAAACCGGAUGUGGUGGUCGAGGGUUUGUUGCGUGCCAACUGCACCAGCGCCCCCGCAGCCCCAGCCCCUCGGCUGACUUGGUACAUCGACAAUGAGAAGGUACCAGAAGAAUCUAUUAAGUAUUUCUCUUAUCGAGUGUCCAGUUCAACAAGAACUAAAGGAGGGGGUGGUUAUAAGAACCGGAAGUAUCACCAUCGAUACAUUGCUCCGGAAUUCAACUACACGGCCAAAUAUUGGGCCCUCGUUAGCGAGACAACAACUAUAACGCCAAAUACGACAAAACACAGUAAAUGCACUCUGAAAGAAGGACAAAGUGAAGAAAUGAAAAAGAUUCGUGAGAAGCCAAGGGAGCCACAAGUUAUUCCGAUAUCGCUAUGGGUUUCCAUAGCAGAGUUAAGGACGCCAGCACACGGGAGGCUACAGCUAACCUGCACAGCGACCAUUCCCGAUGAGGUUGGUCCAGGUGAACGUUAUGCCGAUGUCAAAAAGCAAACAGUCUCAGUUGAAAUGAACGAGCUGAGCAUUAAAAGACCUCACACCGAGACUAGCCAGGCUAACUCAACUGCAACGUAUCCGCGCCCACACCCAAUUUUGAUCUUCGGCUAUGGAUUCCUCCUUCAUGAGCUUCGUCAACGGUUGAAU